GCUCCAAAUGGAAACCUUCAAUCUCUACGAUCGAGGUCUGAAAUACAUCUUUACUGUGGAAGAGGAGCCUCGUUUCCCAUGGGAAGCUCUGGUGGUGUUCUUUCUUGGACUUGCACAGAUUGUAGCAGGGGCACUGCUCACUGCAUUUACAUUUGGGACACUAGCUCAAGUUGGUAUGGGGCUCAUCGCUGAAGGAAUCUCAGACUGUAUCACUGGCGUAGAGUCUAUGAUAACAGGAGAAUUCAGCUGGCAAUCAUGGGCAAUAGAUAAAGCCAUUUCUAUUGGCGUCUCUCUCAUUGGGUUUGGAAUUGGAAAGCUGGUUUCAAAGGGCUUCAAAGCUGCUAAAACAUUAAUGAAGGGAUUUGGCAAACAGCUAAAGGCAAUGCCGAAGUUCUUUGCCAGUCAGGCUAAAGAGGGCUUUAGUGUUGCUAUGAAGACCAAUAUGAAGAAUGCAGUAAAAGUCACUGCUAAAAAAAUUGUUGAGGAAACAGCCGCCUAUGGAAUUGAGAGGGCAGAGAAUGAAAUAAUUAGCAAAAUACUGGAGGAAAUAGAAAAGGCAGUGAAAAAGGGAAUCAAUGACGAAGUGAAGUCCAAUAUGGAAAAGGAUCCCCUGCGUGCAAUAACAGAUUCAGUUAUACUCUCUCACAUUGACAAUAAACAGGAAUUUAAUGACCUUUUCACAGACAACAUAAUGAAGAAUCAAUUAUUGUCCAUUUUCACAGAGCUAAGCACCACUGCAUUAGCACCAUAUUCUGAAGACCUUAGUUGGCAGAACCAGCUUAGCUCAUCCAUCUACAAUGUGCUUGAUGCUGUAAAGGAAGACACUGGAGGAAAAACAAAAGCCAUUCUGACUGCUAUCCAAGUGGCCCAUAUGGGAGCACUGGCAGCAGAUGCUGUACAAGCAGUGGUCACCCUCUCAGGCAAAUACUUCACAGGUCUGUGUGAAGGGCUGGAAGGGUUUCAUAAGAAAAAAGGUUUACAACAGAAAGUGAAGGCAAGUGAUCUAUCCGAUUCAGAGAAUAAGACGCUGAAUGGCUUCAGGGAGGAAAUAAUUGACAGCAUCGGCACUUUACUGGCAAAAGCUUUAGUUGACUUGUUUCACCAGAAGUUCUCCAGUCAUAUGGUUUCUAUUGCUCAAGGCAAAGUAAAUGAUGUUAUUUCAAAUCAUUUGAGCUCAGGCUUAAAAACCGAGGACACUGAGAAACUAAUUGCAGCUUCACAGGAGGGUACAUAUGGUAAACACAUGCCAGGAGAUGUGCAAGCAGAACAAGCAAAGUUGCAUGCAGAAAAGGUCAAGGAUUCAGAGGCAAAUGGUAGUACUGCUGAUAUCAAUAUCCUCUCAGACGUCACUGGUACUAAAGUUGUGAUCUUAACAGAGGGAAAAGAUGGAAAGCUGACCAAAAUGCAGGAGCUGGACCCCAAAAAUGAAGAUGCCAGUCAAACUGUGACACUUGUCUAUAGACCCAAAAGUGAUGAACACCCAGAUGGACAUUAUGAUGUGGUCAUCGAUGGCAAGACAGUGAGUGUAGAAAAAGGCGACCUGUAUCACGCUAUGGCACAUGGCAUGAAUCCAGGCGCCAGUGAGAAAGACAUUGCUGAUGCAGCAGGUGACCUGAGAUCUAAAGAAGCUGAGGCCCUUGAGGAAGACCCAAAACUUUGGGAGGUUUUUAUCCAACGUGAAGAAUGGAUUGAAGAACUCAUAAUAGGGUCCUGGUUCAUAUCAGAGGGAGUUUCAGCAUUAGACGACAAAGUAACCAUAAAAGAAAAAAUUAUGAAUAUGAUGAAGCAAACAAGUGAGACUGCGGUAAUCAACAAAGAGUGGCUAUCUCCUGGAAAAGACGCAAUACCAACUGGAAUAAUCAUUAAUGGAGAUAGUCAACCACCAAAGAACACUGUACUGGUAGCAGAAAAUUUUUAUUCAGGGAGCAAAUUAACUAAUGCAAUGUUUGAGGUCGCAACAGACUUAUCGAAACAUGCAAAAUGUCAACUUCCAGUUGUUUACGCACCAUAUGAGCGAUAUAAUAAGUUCCCAACUGCAGGAUCUCCAGAGCUCAAGAAGUUAUUGGCUCAAACCAUGAGCAGGGAUGAUGCUGAGGGCACCUUCAAACUGACGAUCCUAAGUGCAAUGCCAACAUUUAUGCUGCGAAAAAAUUUUCAGGAUGAAGACAUUAGUCUGACCAGAUUGGAAACUUUUAAAUACACUUUUCCAAAGCAUGCAACAACAUUCGUAAACGCAUGGUUCAAACUCCUGGAAAAGAAAACAGAUAUAAUAAAACCAGACACUCAACAAAACCUUCUACACUGGAUCAACACUAAAAGAUACCUUGAUCCAAAUGAUCCCCACAGGAAACAAGUCACCAGAUCCGUGUAAAAAAGUGGGAGUGGCCACACAUGAGCGGGGGACUGACCAGAGGGUGUUAAAGGCCAGAUGAAUUGCAGAUGAGUGGCUCUACAGGAAGAGGUUUUUGAUUGGAUUUGAUGUAAGGAAUAGGAUGCAUAGUCCAUGAAUGCUGUAUUCUUGUAUGCAUAAUGCUGACUAACUGCUAAGCUGUACAAGCCAUUGCAGGUUAAAUGUAUUUUGAAUUCCUGAGAGUAAUGAACAUUAAUUAGUAACAGGUCAACAUUAUCAAAAUGGCUAGCUGAAAUUAUAAUACCUCUUGUGUGUGUGCUCUGUUAGCGAAUGAUAAAUUACUAGUAAACUAGAACUGCCUAGCCAGCUAACUUCAGCAGAAUUGUUCAUGAUCUACUCUCAGAUAUAAACUGUAUACCAUUCGGCUCAUGUAUAUGGGAAUUCAUGACAUAUUAACACUGCUGACUUUCACAGAGUCUAACAUUAACAUUUGUUGGCUAGGCUUAUAUUUUAGGUUAAGCAGUUUCCUAUUUUUGCUGCUCUUGGUUAGCUUACUAAUUUAGUGGUUAUUGGCUAGUUUACUAAAACAUAAUUUUAAGACCAGUCUUUCAAGUUGAAAUAGCUUACCUACCAUUUUGAUAAAGGUUGCGUGCUUGAUAAUGGUCAAGGGUUUAUAAUUCACUUUUUCUCACUAAUGCUAUUUAACAGAUAAUGCUCAACAUUCAAG